AUGCCUCCGCCAUCACCAUUAGCCAUUGCGACCUCCGUCCUCGUCCGCCUCACGAAGGAGAAKGCCUCAUAUCAUAAGGAACACGCGCAGCAGGAAGCCAACAUUGCCAAGUUGGAGAGUGCUGCCGCCACGAGUGAGGAUGAGAACGCCGAGUACACGCUGAGACAGGAGAAAAAGGCUCUCUCCGAGACCGCCGCCAUGUUCCCUCAAAUUCGCACAAAGAUUGAGGAGGCGAGAGCGAAGCUCCAUUCGACUCUGGACCAAGACACUCAGAGUUCACCAGAGGACAUCACCAAGGCGAAAGAGGCUAUCGCUGCUGCAGAUGCUGCGAUUCAGGAGGACUCUUGA